GAUUGCACGAUUCGGCUCAGAAGCGCGAGAGGAAAGAAUCGGAUGGAAAACUUGAGAGAAGUAGCAUCCUUCAGUGUUGUUUGAUAAUCCCAUGUAUCUGAGUAUUCACACGCCGUACUAGAGAAUUGUUAGCGCAGCAGCAUAAGGGGUUGUACUAAUAACCGGGUGAGAAGUUGUCCGAACCACCGAAACAUAUCCCAGCGUAGUUGCAAAAGUCCUCUCUAACACACCGUAUCUUUUUCCUGGCAUCUCGGAAGUCAGCAACAUCAUGUUAAGUCACAAGGGGUUGCCAGCUAACCCUUUUAACGGCUCGUUCCCUUAUCAUGGUCAGCUGAUAACUCACGACCCCAGAUGCAGACAGUUCUCCGAGACCAGCGAGAUGGACGAGUUCGAGCACAUCUUCGUGGAGUCGACCCUGGGCAUCGGGGAGCACGGCUACAAGCGCCAGGACAACCACAGAGUGUUUGUCAACCGAAGCCUCCACUUGGAGAAAAUCCGGUUCUAUGGCUUCGAUAUGGACUACACGCUGGCGGAGUACAAGUCUCCCCAGUACGAGACCUUGGGCUUCAACCUCCUGAAGGAGAGACUCAUCACCAUAGGAUACCCGGAGGAGAUUAAAGAAUUCGAGUAUGAUCCUACCUUCCCUACCAGAGGCCUGUGGUUCGACAAGGUCUAUGGAAACCUCCUGAAGGUUGACGGGUUUGGGAACAUCCUCGUCUGCGUUCAUGGCUUCAAGUUCUUGAAACCAUCUGAAGUGUAUGAGCUCUAUCCUAACAAGUUUAUUCUGCUGGACGAGUCAAGGAUAUAUGUCAUGAACACACUCUUCAACCUCCCAGAAAUCUACAUGGUUGCCUGCCUUAUUGAUUUCUUCAGUAACUCUCCACAAUAUGUGAAGCUUCCAGAGGGAAUCAAGUCUGGAGAACUUUACAUGAGUUUCAAAAGCAUCUUUCAAGAUAUUAGAGGUGCAGUUGAUUGGGUCCACAUUAAGGGUGAUUUGAAGAAGAAUACAGUAGAGCAUGUUGAUAAGUAUGUCCACAAGGAUGAGCGUCUUCCCCUUCUCCUGGAUCGUAUGAGGGAUUCAGGAGCCAAGGUGUUCCUCCUCACUAACUCAGAGUACUGGUACACAAAUGCUAUCAUGGAGUACCUUCUCAGCUUCCCAGACAAGAAUGGGGAUGUGAGAGACUGGAAAACUUAUUUUGACUUCAUAGGUGUUGAUGCUUGUAAGCCAGUUUUCUUCAGCGAUGGGACCAUCAUGCGACAAGUGGACACCACCACAGGAGCACUCAGGCUGGGAACCCAUACGGGCAAGCUAAAAUUGGGGCAGGUUUAUUCAGGAGGAAGCUGUGAUGUUUUUACUGAACUUAUUGGAGCGAAGGGAAAGGAUGUACUCUAUGUAGGUGAUCACAUCUUUGGUGAUAUUCUGAAGAGCAAGAAGAUCCGUGGCUGGCGCACAUUUUUGGUGGUUCCAGAACUGGUACAGGAACUUCACGUAUGGACAGAAAAAUGUUCUCUGUUUACUAAACUCCAAAGCUUAGAUGUUAUGCUUGGAGACCUUUACAAGAAUCUGGACUCAAGUACCUAUGAACGACCUGACAUCAGCAAGCUUAGAGGGGCAAUCAAAGAAGUGACACAUGAAAUGGAUCUUAGCUAUGGCAUGCUUGGCUCAGUCUUCCGGUCAGGCUCACGACAGACACAUUUCUCAACACAGGUUGCAAGAUAUGCCGACCUAUAUGCCUCAACGCUACUUAAUUUGAUCUACUAUCCAUUCAGCUACAUGUUCCGUGCCCCUGCAAUGUUGAUGCCCCAUGAGUCCACUGUAGCACACGAGCAACGCUUCCAAGUUGGCGAUGGUCCAGUAUCCACAAGAUCACGUGCUUCCAGUGUCCAGGUCGACAACCCAGAUAACCUCCAGUCCAAGAGACCAAAGAUCUUAGAGAGAGCUCAGUCACUGGUGCCUCAUGCACGGGCAGAAACACCGAAACGUGUCACUCAUUACCAUGAUGAAGAUGACUCAGAGGAAGAAAGUGACAAAUCUUCUUGAAUGUCUGUUAUUCAGUAAAUAUUUUGUUGGUCUUCGGAUUUAUUCUGUAGGGGAGUAGUCAUGAUGAAUUUGCUAGUGGGUUUUAUGUAUUUAUUUUCAGAAUGGGUUAUAUAAAAGUGGGAGAAAAGGGACUGUAAAACUCAUUGAGUUUAUUUACAGGAAAUGUUUUGUUCUGUGGAUGAGGAUAAUUUAAUGCCAAGGAUACAUUUUAUAUUACUUUGCAUUUGAAUUGAAAAUUAAGCCUCGGUUAUUAUAUAUAGUUGGUUGCACAGAUAUUAUGUGAGUUUUUAAUCUGAAUAUGUAUAUAUUUUCUUCUCCUUUUUAUUAGAAUGGGCUGUGUAUAACAUUUGAGAGUUCAUGGAAUGAAAACAUGAAAAUUUUCAUUAGAAAAUCAUUAACACUAAAUCAUUGAAAAGAUUCUAUUUAGCAAAGGUGCUGUAUCAAAAAAUACUACUUAUGCACAUAAGCCAUUCCUUAUGAAAAGUUGAUAUUUAAAGGAGUUUUAUUGUGCAUGAACACUUUUUUGAAUUAAUGAAGUGAUAAACUAUAGUAAUCUUAGGUAAUAUCUAUACAUGCCUUUUAGUAUGUAGUUGAAUAUAGGAUUUCUUGCCUUCACUAACUGAUUGCAUCCAGAGUUAUGAUUCUUCAGAACAUGAGAUUGACCUACAAUCCAGACUAGCAAUAAGUUUAGUCCUUGUAAUAUUUUAUAUUCAAAUCAAGUGCGAAAGUGGUGAAUAGGAAUAGAAAUAUCUAAUGCACCUUUUGGUACUCACAAGAAGGAUGCAUUUAUAUGGUGCAUAUGACCUGACAUGGUCAUUUUUCAUGUGUAAAUGCGAUAUUCUCAUUAUAUUGUGUUCAAGUCAAGUAGGAUAGAUCUACUAAGGAAAUAGGCUGUGCAUGUUUUCAGAAUAGGAACAGGAACAUCAAGAUUUUAGCUAAUAACAUUACCGUAGAGGCUUAGGUAUAGAAGAAAAUAUCCCUUAUGGCAUAUUGGGCAGUUAUGAAACAAUAGUUGGUGAAUCUAUCUAAGAAUCAGGUAGUUUUAAUUAAGCUAAAGAAACUUAAAUUGUAUACUGUACAGCAUGGAAGUUUUAUCUUUAAAAAGUUUUUAAGUUUGUAUAUACUAUAGUUUCAGAUGUUUAUAGCACAUUUUAUCAAGAAACUGUAUAGUCUGCUAAUGCAUUCCAGUAUUGUUGUAUUAGAUAAUCUUAAGACUUUUUCCUAUCUCCUUUUUCUUCCUAUUUUUUCUCUAUCAAUGUGCUGACAGAUGUUAAUUAUUCUUAAUUAACAUUUCUAAACAUGUUUCUAUGAAUUUGGCAUUUCUUAAAAACCUAAUAUACAUCACUCUUUAAUCAGUUUCUUGAAAAUUUGUGAAUUUUGUAUAGUGAUGUGUAUGUGAUUAUAAGUUAGAUUCAUCAUUUUACCUAUGAUCUUUCAUGUACUCUCAUGUGGGUGAAAUUUGUUACAGUAUUUUUGUGACAUUUUAAUCAAUGUUGCAUUUUUAAUAAUUCUCUCUCCCAUACUAUAAUUGACAUCUUAUAUAACACUGCCUUGAAACUUCUGUGAUGGAAAGUAUGUAGUAGUGAAUGAAGAAUCAUUAUAUCUAGCUCAACUCAAAACAAUCCUUGCACCAUUAGCGACUUCUUUUAUACUUUGAUAUGUGGAUGUUUAGCAUUUAAUAGGAGAUUACAUAUGUAAAUCAACCUCAUGUUAUUUAAAUGCAUACUUACAAUAAUUGCUUUCACAAUGGAUAAUUCUUUUAUUUGAAACAAAAAUAUAGUUUUUAAUGGAGUUAGCAUUGCAGUCUGUAUAAAAUCAACUAGUUUAUAUAUUGAAUGGCAGUGCAAUCUGAGUAUCACUGCAGUUUAUCUGGUGAUUUUUAAAUGUAGGAAAAAUAUGGCAGAAAACAAAUAAUUGCUUCCCUGUGAGGCAGAGUUUCAAUAAUUUUUAGUCUGUUUCUUUUUAAUUAAGGAGAAAAGUAACAUUUGACAGUACAUUAAGUGAACAUAAGGCAGACAGUGCAGGUUCUUUCACUAUGGUUAAGAGGAUGAACAGAAACCAAACAUGCCCCCUUCCUUUUUAUAUUGGAAUAUUUAGAAGAAAAACUGUCCCAAAAAUCAUAAAUCUAUGCAAAGUGGAUUAAAAUAUAGAUUUGUAUAGUUUAAUUUAGUGAUUUAGUACUUUCAGGCAUUCAUGUGUUCAUGUUUUGCUAACAAGUACACAGUUUAUUUUGUAUCAUAGCAAUUUUUUAUUUAAAUCUGUAAUAUAGUGGACCAGGAAUUAAUUUUUUUGUCUCAUAUAUGAAUGCUGCAUGAAAUAAAAAUACAGUAUCAAA